UAUCCCCCGUCACCGAUGCCCCCUCUGUAGAUGGACUCGUCCAGCCUUUAUGAAGCUCGCGCUGAGCGCGUGAAGCGAGUCUCUUCGUGAUUACACAUUUGCUCGGUUUACUUCUUGGAAACAGUUGCCCUUAUUCACAUAUUUCGGUAUCUUUUAUGAGUAAUCAAAAGCAGCAGAAGCCAACGCUAACAGGCCAGCGUUUCAAGACACGAAAGAGAGAUGAAAAGGAGAGGUUUGACCCUACACAGUUUCAGGAACACAUUGUACAAGGACUAAAUCAAACUGGCACUGAUUUGGAGGCUGUUGCCAAGUUCCUAGAUUCCUCUGGUGCCAAGCUUGACUAUCGGCGCUAUGCAGAAACCCUGUUUGAUAUCCUGGUGGCUGGUGGAAUGCUGGCUCCAGGAGGUGCCAUAUCAGACGACAUGACUCGGACUAACUUCUGUGUCUUCACGGCACAGGAAGAUGUUAAGACCAUGAAAGCAUAUGCUCAGGUUUUUAACAAGUUAAUCCGGCGGUACAAGUACCUGGAGAAGGGGUUUGAAGAGGAGAUUAAAAAGUUGCUCCUGUUUUUAAAAGGAUUCAGUGAGUCUGAGCGCAACAAGCUUGCCAUGCUUACUGGCAUUUUAUUGGCUAAUGGGAGCCUGUCAGCCUCAAUCCUUGGCAGCCUCUUCAAUGACAACUUGGUCAAAGAAGGUGUGUCUCCGGCCUUUGCUGUGAAGCUGUUCAAAUCGUGGAUCAGUGAGAAGGACAUUAACUCUGUGGCUGGCAGUCUGCGUAAGGUUGGCAUGGACAACAGGCUGAUGGAGCUGUUUCCAGUGAACAAGCGCAGCUAUGAGCACUUCUCACAAUACUUCACCGACGCUGGGCUGAAGGAGCUUUCUGAUUUUGCACGUAAUCAGCAGUCAUUAGGAGCUCGCAAGGAGCUGCAGAAAGAGCUCCAAGAGCAGAUGGCUCUAGGGGUUUCUUUUACAGAGAUUAUUGCCUCUUGCAAUGAUGAAAUGAAGAGGAGCAACAUCACUGAGCAGAAGAUGAUCGGCAUCAUGUGGACCAGCGUUAUGAGCUUAAUGGAGUCCAAUAAGAAAGAGGAGAUGGUCGCCGAACAAUCCAUCAAACACUUGAAGCAACACAGUCCUCUUCUGAAGGCCUUCACCACACAGGGCCUUUCUGAGCUCACGCUUCUGUUGAGGAUUCAAGAGUACUGUUACGACAACAUCCACUUCAUGAAAGCCUUCCAGAAGAUCGUUCUGCUGCUCUAUAAAGUGGAUGUUUUGAGUGAAGAGGCUAUUCUUCGGUGGUAUAAUGAAGCUCACCUAGCCAAAGGAAAAGGCUUCUUCCUGGAUCAGAUGAAGACGUUUGUGGAGUGGUUGAAAAAUGCUGAAGAGGAAUCAGAGUCUGAGGAGGAAACCGACUGAAACUGAAGCCAGAUCGUUUAAUUCUGUAAUAAUCUACAGCCAGAACUGUUUCUCUUGUAUUUUGAAGCUAAAAGGUCCAGAUCAUUUAAGGGCUUAACUUUCAAAUGUUUUUAAAGUCUUGAUUUAUCACAUCUGUAGAACUCAGGUUUUAUACAAGACCUUUUUAAGAUGUUCAUUGGUUGUGUACUAGCAGUGUGACCUUUUUUAAUCUUUUCUUUUUUGACUUGAUUCUAGACAAAUAAAGAAUAGUCAUAGUCCUG